AUGAGCAAAACUGGCGCCGUCGGUCGCGGAUUGUACGCGCUUGUCGCGUUUUUUGUAAACUGGACGCUUCGCAUCGGGAUGAAUGUGUCAUUGGCGGUGUCGGUUGUGAUGACCGUCUACGCGGUGACACAGUUCUCGAAAGAAGCGCUUAAAGAGAGAAAAGAGGUUCUCGACAUCAUCUACUGGCGCGAUCCAAAGAAAUCAGCUGUUGCCCUCUCGCUCGCCUUGAUAGCCUUGUUUGUUCUUGGCAAGUACCCAAUCCUCUCUGUGCUUGCCUACACCGGACUCGGCGUUCUUGCCGCCACUCUUGGAUUCAGAAUCUUCAAGACGAUCGAGGCUCAGAUUAAAAAGACUGGUGGUGAGAAUCCGUUCCAGGAGAUUCUUGCCGAAGAAAUCGCCCUUCCACAAGAGAAAGUUCACGCUCAGGCUGAUGUGCUCGUUGAGCAUGGAACGUAUUUGGCGAAUAAGCUCAAGAAGAUUGUGUUUGUUGAAAGCAUCCUCGAGUCGGCGAAAUUCGGACUUAUCCUCUGGUCGUUGACCUACAUCGCCUCGUGGUUCUCUGGAUUCACCUUGGCUCUUCUCGGAGUUAUUGGAGUGUUCUCGAUUCCAAAGAUUUACGAGACCAACCAGGAAGUCAUCGAUGCUAACCUUGCGCUCGUCUCCGGACACCUUCAGAAUGUUCAGAACAUGCUCGAGGAGAAACUUCCAUUCCUUCGUCGUCCAGUUGCCGCCGAAGAAAAGAAGGAUCAAUAA